UCCGCCAUAUUGAGCUCUCGAGAACGCGCUGGUGAAGCGACAGUAUCAACAACACUGAAUUAAGUGAAGGAUACAAAUACAUAAGCAUGACACAGACAGUCCAAACGAAUGGGAUUCAACCCCUCAGCAAGACCUGGGAGCUCAGUCUCUAUGAAUUGCAGAGAACACCACAGGAGGCCAUCACGGAUGGUCUGGAAAUAGCUGUGUCCCCACGCAGCUUGCACAGCGAGCUCAUGUGUCCCAUCUGCCUGGAUAUGCUGAAGAACACCAUGACCACCAAGGAGUGCCUGCACCGCUUCUGUGCUGACUGCAUUAUCACAGCUCUCAGAUCAGGAAAUAAGGAGUGUCCAACGUGCAGGAAGAAACUGGUGUCCAAGCGCUCGCUCCGUCCAGACCCUAACUUUGACGCCCUGAUCAGUAAGAUUUAUCCUAGCAGAGACGAAUACGAGGCCCAUCAGGAGAGAGUGCUGGCCCGCAUCAGCAAGCACAACAACCGACAGGCGCUCAGCCACAGUAUUGAAGAAGGCCUUAAGAUCCAAGCCAUGAACAGACUUCAACGGGGAAAGAAGCACCAGAUCGAAAAUGGCAGCGGGGCGGAAGACAAUGGGGACAGCUCACACUGCAGUAACGCAUCAGUGCACAGUAACCAGGAGGCUGGGCCCAGCAUCAAACGAACCAAAACUUCAGACGACUCUGGUCUUGACAUGGACAAUGCCACAGAAAAUGGAGGAGGAGACAUGGCGCUUGAUGGGGCCAGUGAGAUAGAGCUGGUUUUUCGUCCUCACCCAACGCUCAUGGAGAAAGAAGAUGCCGCACUGACACGGUACAUCAAGACUUCAGGGAACGCGACAGUGGAUCACCUCUCCAAAUAUCUGGCCGUCAGACUGGCUCUCGAGGAAAUGCGCAAGUGCGAAGAGGCAAGCCCUAUUAAUGUAGAGGCCGCCAGUGAAAAACAGUAUACCAUCUACAUUCCCACAGCCAGCAACCAGUUCACAGUCUUGAAUGGUUCCUUCUCACUGGAGCUGGUGAGCGAGAAGUACUGGAAAGUUAACAAGCCUAUGGAGUUGUACUUCGCCCCAACAAAAGAGCACAAAUGAAUACAUCAAGACACAAGGGCCUAGACAGGCCCAGUGCAGACUGAUGGUUUAUUCUCUCCUUCGUUAUAUCCUCUCACUGUUCCUCCUUGUCUGGAGUUUAGUCUCUGGAGCCUUGACUCUUCAAUAACUGUGGCUGCUCUGAUUUGUUUAUAUUUGUCUUUUUGUAUGAAAAUUAGACAAGGGUUGAUUAAUGGGAAUGGGUGGGAAAGCCAUGAGAGUCAAACCAGUUUUUGGAUUUGUUUUUCUCCCCUCAUGUUUCAGUUGACACCAUCAUUGUCACAUGUUCAGCCCUGUUUGAGUCGAGGACUUUGAAAUUGCCUUUAACAAGCCAAAAUGUUAGUCUGCAAAAUGGAUUCUGCAACUGUAAUGCCAAUAGUUUGAGAAGUCAAAUAGGAUGCUUCACAAAAGACUGUCAGAAGGUGGCCUUCGUAGCCAGCGGUGGUGUCCUUAAAGGGAUCCUUCAUCCAAAAAGGAAAAUUCUGUUCAACUCACCUUCAAGUUGUUUCAAAUCUGUAUACAUUUCUUUGUUCUGAUGAACACAGAAAGAUAUUUGUGAGAAUGCUUAUAACCAGACAGAUUUAGCCCCUCAUUGACUACCAUAGUAGGAAAGUCAAUGGGGGGAAAGAUCUGUUUGGUUAUAAGCAUUCUUCCAAGCAUCUUUCUCUGUGUUCAUCCGAACAAAGAAAUUUAUACAAUUUUGGAACAACUCGAAGGUGAGUAAAUGAUGACAGAAUUUUCAUCUUUGGGUGAAGUAUUCCUUUAAACAUCAAACCACACCAAUGACAUUUAUGAAGCUGUAUUAAAUUUUAAGUGUGUUUUUUUGGACUAACACGAUUGCAUUUUGUCACUCUGUACAACUAGUGUGUGUCCAGAUAAUGUGAUGGCAUAUAUCACAUGACUCUUGUCAUGUCACUAGUCUGUACUACUGUGUUGGUCAAGUGAAAUAUGUCCGAUGCUUUGGGGAUUGUACAAACAUCACUUUAUAGUAACUACAUGGAAAAUGUAUAUCGACACGGUUGUUACAGCUAUUACAGUACUUUUACAAAAGAUAUAAGAUGGCAGUUGUACUUCAAGAUGAACCCAGUUUUUGAUAGUCGCAUUUCAUAGAAGCUUCGUAUAAGACAUGGAAAAACUUUUUAGAGCAUGAAGUACUUUUAGUUUGACAUCCUUGGCAUACAUUUUGAGUUGUUGUUGUUGUUUGGGAAAAUGUAUAAAGCGUUUUUUGUUUGAAAAAAAUAAAACAAUGUAUGCAAUUGCUAGUGUCACAACUUGUGUCGUGUCACAGCUUUUUA